AUGCCUGGGGUCGCAAGCGUCUAUGGCUUUUCGCUUGGUCAUUUAGACCACUACUGUACCAUGCAAAUAACCACAUUAGCCACCGCUGCAACUACUGUACCACUGCAUGAUCGUGCCAUAUCAGUGAGUCUACUAGUCUCCAAUUGCAUGAUUGAGGUAGGACAGCCUCAGACCCGUCCUCUCGCCUUCGCGCAAUUCUUCCUUUGCGUACAGUUCAUGCGCAAUGUUUGUUUUGUACAACAGACAGUGCCCACGUCUGCGGUCCUCAGAAUUCGAUCCGUGAUAUCUUCCUAG